AUGGCCACGACCAUGUUCGCCAAUUUCACGUCCGGCGACCGUCGCAAGAAAGUCUACGGCAAAUCCGCGCGUCGCUCCACCCUGCCGCCGCCCCUUCCUGAUUCCAACGAUGAUGCGCCGCCAUCCCCAGACCGACCGCGGAAACAUCCCGCAGCCGUGAACGGCUCGCUGAAGAAAGCCGGAGACACAUUGAAGGCCAGCACGGGUCUGGAGAAUGCGCGCGCAAGGUCCGACGAUGUCGACGUCUUCGAUGUGCCCUCCGACGACGACUUCCUGUCGCGCCCGAAGCCCGCGAAGAAGAUAAUAGCGAAACGUCGGGCACCUGAAGCAGGCUUGGAAACCUCAACUUCUUCUAGAGGGGAGGCCGUGGUGGCAUCCAAGAAGCCAGCAAAAGCUUCACAGCCAUUGCGCAAGCCUGACGAUGCGAAUACUGCCACCGUAAAGAAGACGCUGCCAACGCCCGCACAGGCACCGCCACCGCCAUCCUCGGAUACGAUCGCACCUCGGACACUACGCGGGAAGACGCCUCAGCCUGUGGGAGCACAGAAACAGACGGCAAGGGACCCGGAGUCAUCACAGAGGCCGGUGGCCAAGGCAAAGGCGUCUUCCGAGACGACGGCCGUUGCGCCGACAGCUACCAAGGCUCAGAAGAAUGCGAAGAUAACCUCGGCACUACCUGCGAAAAAGACGGCAGGAAAAGCUCUUGCCAAACCGACCGAUGACCUCGCUGUGUUCGAUAUACCGAUGUCGGACGAAGAGGCUCCGCCAACUGUCAAAAAGAUCUCACGUCAAGCUCCGCAGACAGCACAUAAAGAGCCUCCCGGGAAGUCCAAGACAACAUCGGAAGAGUCUCACAAGGACACUACCGAGUCGGACGAGUCGAAUGCAUCGAACAAGCGAAAGCGCAAAGGGUCUAUGUCGUCCACUGCCACAGUGGCUACGCCAGUGGUACAACAGACGACUGAACAGACGGCGCAUCAGCGGAGCCGGAAGGUUCAGAAGAACGAAGAAAGUGCUUCACCGGGGCAUGCAUCACUAUUGCAGCCCGUCGCAGGCGCAACACGGAAAACGCAACCGCCAGCGCUGGCACUCAACAAACCGACAAGGACGAGGCAACGUACCGUACCCGUCAUGGCACCGCGAAAGAUGGUCAAGGGCCAGUCCUCUCCUGCUACUCUGAGCGGCAUGAUACCGAAUCGCCAGGCCCCCAGGCCAUCUCCUGUCAAGAAAAUCCCAGACGUGCCUGAGAUGGAAGACGAGACUAUGUAUGACAUACCAGAUCCGUUGACCACCCCUGUUCGGAAAUCCAGACCUGUCGUACCUGGCUCCGUGACACCGCGACAGAGGGAUCUCUUCAGCGGCUUGCUAAGCGAUUCAUCGUCCUCUGCUACACCAAUGCCAAGCCUGGCGAACUUACAGCUGACGGAUCGCAAAUCGAGAUCACUCAUCGGUAACCUGGCAAGAUCAAAGUCUGAUGUCACUCAUAGUGCCAAGGCCCGUAGGACUAGACUCAUUGACACUCUUAAACCAACCGAGACUAGCUCGGACGAUGACGAAGAAGACAGCAGCAGCGAUGGUGGAGAAGAGUCGGAGGCAAGCUCAAAGCAUCCUACGUCUGCAAGAAGAUCUGUACGAGAAGUCGGAAAAGAUCAAGCUUCGACGACGUCCUCUGACGACAUGGAUGUGGACAAGCAAGCAAACGCGGAGUCACAAACAUCGCAGACAACGUCUGGUUUCGGCAUGCGUCCAAAGCUCACUUACGCAAUGGCGCGGUCGUACCUAAAGGAAGACAAUCCAGAGGAUGACCUACUGAUCUCGAUGGAUCUAGACGAUGGCUUUGGGUCUCAGUCCCAGAUGGAUACCAGAUCUGUAUCCGAGGAUGACCCCGAGCAGAACAGUCAAGCACAGGCUCAACAAAUUCACGAGCUCAAGACACGGGGGCGUAACAUGAUCAUCGGAUAUGAGAUCGAAAUGAUGAUCGGAGACAUAUCCGUUACCAACAGUAAGAGUAUGAGGCGUAGCGCAAUGAUCGAUCUGUGCACCAAGAUGGCCGAUGAGACGUUCUGUCAUCAGCUUGUCGACUCGGCUCUGGCCCAUCAGUUCUUCCAGAACAUCGCUGGCGGUCGCGAGAUUAUCUUCGACUUUGUCGCUGCCGUCGCCACAGUAUUUAUCCUCCGUACCAACCCUACCCACUCUGUCCUAGACGAGUUGCAGGAGACCGGCAGUUUCGCACACUUGAUCGAGCUAGCCAGCAAUGAUGCGGAUAUCAAGGAGAUCGCCAAAGAUCGCAAGUCGAACAUGUCAAAGAUUGCUAAGGAAUCGGUAUUCACGUUUCGCACCCUAGUCCAGCAAAGCUCUAUCUGGUCAUCCAGCAUAGUACAGAAGAUAUCUCCCCAGCUUGUCGCUCUGAAAGCUAUCGAGCUGCUCAUCAUUGGUAUGCGGAAGGCUGGCAAUGCUGAUAGGCUACUUGAUCAGACGAUGAUCUCCCAGCUCGUUGAGAUUGCUUCGAAAUCGAAUGACCGGUUGCAAUCGGGCAAGGAGGGAAGCGCGGACAAAGUAUGCCUGGAAACAGUACUUUCCAUACUGGAGUCAAUUUCUGCCACAAGGCAGAUCCAAGCCUCCUGGCCGACUGGUGUGCUUCAGCGUAUUGCGGGCUUUAUGCCUCGGUUCUUCCAGCCUGACAGCGCUGCAUCAACUAUGCUCGCUGUCAAGCUAUGUAUGAACUUGACGAACAACAAGCCGAAAGCUUGCCAGCCGUUCUCAGCCAUGGCUUUUGUGCAGCCAUUGACGCAAUCUAUCAUUAGAAAGUUUGAGUCAAUCAGUACGGGGCUCGCGACGGAAAAGCGGACAGAGGUUUUGGAUAGUCUCAUCUUGAGCUUGGGUGCUUCCAUCAAUCUUGCGGAGCUGAGCGACGAGAUGAGGCUUAACGUCGCUGAUCAGAUUGACGCUCUGGUCGCCAUCUUCCUGGAGGGAUCAAAGCGUGCUUCACAGGCUGCUUCUGUGGAAGAAUCGCAUUCUGGUGUAGCCAUCGGAUAUCUUGCCGUGCUCCUUGGGAAUCUGAGUCUCAACGACCAGAUAAGGGCAAAGGUCCGCAAGCUGCUACCGAACAAGCGACUUGACACCCUUGUCGAUAGCAUCAAGGAAUUUGUCCGUGUGCACCAACAUGUUGACCAGAAGGCAGGAAAUCUUGAGGGAGCAGAGGGUCAAGAGGCUUUGCAGUCCUACACGGCGCGCCUCAUGCUUGUCGUGGAACGGUUGCAGAAUGCGAGCACUUGA